AUGGCGGAACGCGACAACAUCACCCUAGCGUGGCGGAUCGUACUCACGGGUACUAGAGCAGCACUUUUGACGCGCGCAUCACCAGGCCCUCCUACGCUUCUGCCGGACAAACGCGACCUGUCAGAUCUGGAGGAGGAUUUUCGAGAGCUCGGCAUCCCUAUCAAAUGUUUGCCUCGCGAUGAGAACAUACAUCUGAGCACUGUCUCCUCUGGCACUAUAGAGCUUAUAUGGCCUGACCGCCCGGCGCGAUCAGCGCUGUUCACCGACCUCAAGUCUUUCUUCCAUAAGGCAAGGCCAGAUAAAGUGACAAAACGGCUGAUAGGAGCGGUUAUGAUGUACUGCUUACCACCCUCUACGACAAACUUGCAGCACAUAUCAAUGGACUUUCAUCCUAUUGCGAUGUUCGCGGAUCCCGAUUUCAACCCAGACCUUUGGAAUAUGCGGCGCGAAGUUCUGAAACACCAAAAGAAGUCGUUCACUUCUCCUCCGCCACCAAGCCAAAUGUUUCAACCGGGGACUUCGGAAUAUCUCUCGUCAUUUGAGCAGCCAAUACGACAGAUCAAGCGCGAAAGUCCCUCCGAUGCUGAUGCGGUAUUUGGUGGCGGCGGUCUUUCGAACGAUGUUUCUGUGGUUCAACAACGACGUCUUACACCAUCUAGACAGCUCUCGGAUCCGUUCUUCCGCGCAAGUCGUUCUUAUCCUGGUCUACCAGUCUUUGGCACAGGAACGGGCACAGGCCAUGACGCUAGAGAGGCGCGCGCGGACUUUCGGGUGCCUUCCAUACCAGGCGGUAUUACUGGCUUUGCUCGAAGUGCUGGCACCCUGGAUUCCUCCGGCGAUCUCAACGCCAGACAAUACUUGGGCUCUUCAGACCUAAAUGGACUUGACACUGUCAUUCCAAGGAAGCGCGCGUUCAGUGAUGCCGAAGCAUCUCAGAACGAGCAUCGGCCCUCCCACGCUUUCGAACUUGACCAGGACCGUGACCUUGGCCACAUGAGGCGGAACUCGUACUCAUCCGAUUCUCCACGCGACGCGGAUGGUAGACGCACCAGGUCUGAUCAUGACAAUACUCGCACCAACGGCAGGUCUAGUGGACGCGAUCACGGCGAUCGCUCGCAUCCCUACGGACGACCGCGGAAUGGUUCUGAGAGCCAUCGACGUCGUGGCUCCGGUGAUGCUGCGAUACCGGACAUUGCAGGUUCAUCUCGGCAAAUUGCUUCGGAAAGCGCUCGUAUGGCUAACGGACGGCGUACCCCCACGCGAUUAACGGAUACCCUGGACCGCAUCUUGGCGUCUCCAUCUUUUGCGCAGAAGGAGUUGGAUUCAACGCUGCCUGAUGCCCUGGACGCAACCCAGGAUCAGGAGGGAAAUGCCUCACCCGAGCCCAAACUCUCGAGUCUUGAUAUCAUGGCCCUCAAAGCCAAGAUCCCACGGAUUGAGGCCGAGCGUGAUGCGGCUCGCCAGCGCGCGCGAAAGCUUGAGGACGACCUUGCUGCCGCACGACACGGCGCUGGGCGCGGUCGAGGACUUGAAGACGAAGUCGCAUCUUGGCGUGCGCGCGCGGAGGACGCGGUGUAUCGGAGCGAUGAACUAGCUGUAAGGCUGAAGCGCUUACUUGCGGGCGAGAUACCGGACAGCUUGAACCCAAACGUGGAUGAGGCCAUCACCCUCCUCGGACAUGUCUUGAACCGGAUGCGACGGGAUAUCGCCCAAGCCGAGACCGAGCGUGCUCGGUACGAUAGCUUGUCACGGGACCUGGAGAACCUGGUUGCCCAUCGUGACACGAUUCCGCCACUCAUCGAGGCUCUUCAGCAGAUCGCAGACGCCACGAAGAACAUCAGGCUUCCCCAGUAG